CAUUACGAGUUCACCAAACGGAGAGAGGAACCUAUGCAAAGACUGGGUUGAAAAUCUGAGGAAAGAAAACCAGAAAAAGAAGCAGAGACUUUUUAGACUUACGGACUAUGGCAGAAGAUAUAACCUACUCAGUCAUUGGUUUUUCCACAGUCACUGGACAGAGGACUGCAGAUGUCACUUCUCCUCCAACACUGCCAGGACCCCCCCCUAUUCACUCCAGCCGCAAGAGCUGGGUCCUCAUCUUCCUGGGAGUCGUGACUUGUGUCUUUGUGGUCACAGUCCUUCCGAUGGGCAUUGCCUUGUGGAAGACCAACUGUGAAGAGAAGGCGCUGGUGAGACUCAGAGAGUCUCUGUGUGGGAGUGACAAGCCUGAGCACACAGGGCAGCUGUGUGAAUUCUGUCCCAGCGGGUGGGUGAAGGGCUCCAGAGGAAACUGUUACUUUAUCUCCCCUGAACAGAAGCCCUGGAGCUCAGCUCGUCAGGCCUGUUCUGAGCUGGGCACUGAUCUCCUGGCCAUCCAGGACCAAGCUGAGAUGAAGAGCCUAGAAGCUCUUGUAAAAGACAAUUACUUCUACUGGAUUGGCCUGAAUAGAAGUGACAGCAGUUCAGAAUGGAGAUGGGUUGAUGGCAGAGCUCUGGAGACAGCAGUAAGCGAAGUGAGUGUGACUGGAAAAGGUGGGGAUUGUGCUGGUGGAUCCUGGAGUCGCGACAAUGUCACCCUCUUCUCAUCUUCCUGCUCAACAGAUGUGCGGUGGAUCUGUGAGCGACCGCCCAUCCGAGUGUGAGGAGCUCUGGACUCUUCCCAGGGAAGAAGGCAGGAAUUUAGGGAGUGUGUGAAACAGAAUGGGACUAUACGCGCAUUGUGUUUUACAUUUCUGCACCAUAAGACACGACUGCAGCACUAGGACACACACACUUACUGCACAUGAGUGCCCAACUCUGCUGGGUACUGUGAUAGCCAAAGACAGUGGCCUGGGCUCAUCACAGUGCCUCAUUUUCAUACUGACAGACGUCUGUCUUCCUGUCAUGUUAAGACAUCCCACUAUCAAACAUCCUCUCCACUUACAAAACUCCACAGUCGAUGAAUUGGAGAAUCUUUGUAACUUCCAGAUCUAUAAUAAAUUGCUG